AUGGCACGUCGAGGCUCAAGUGCUGCUGGUGUGGGGGGAGGCAGGAUACCCCUGGGCCAUCCGUGGCAGUGCGUAUUUGCUGUGGGGAAUGCAGCUGGUGUUGCCUGGAGGCACUUGCUCCUCUUUCUGCUCUUCGUUGGACCUUUCAACUGCUUUGCCAGUUACAGCCGUGCCACAGAGCUCUUCUACAGCCUCAACGAGGGGCUCCCUGCUGGGUGCUCAUUCGGCAGCCCGGCCCGUGACCUGCGGCGGGCGGCGGGCGGGGGGGGCGGGGNNNGGCUGUCGACGGCUGGUGGGCAGCGCCCUGCGGCUCCCCAGCCCCCACUCUCCUUCACCCUAGCCUCCCGUGGCUUAGGGGGACAGUACGUGCAGCUGGACAACCGCUCUGGAGAGCUGCACACCUCGGCCGUGGAGAUAGACCGGGAAGCUCUGUGCAUGGAGAGCAGUGGGGCCACCGUCUUUGGGGGGGCAGCUGCUGUCUCCUCCUCACCCUCAUCCGAGUCAUGCCUGCUGCUGCUGGAUGUGCUGGUGCUGCCGCAGGAGUACUUCCACCUGGUGAAGGUAAAAAUUGCUAUCCGGGAUGUCAACGACAAUGCACCCCACUUCCCUGUGCCCCACAUCCGCCUCUCGGUGCCCGAGAAUGCACCUGUAAACACCCGCCUGGCUAUCGAGCACCCUGCCCUUGACCCUGACGUGGGCACCAAUGGUGUCCAGACCUACCGCCUGCAAGAUAACUAUGGUGUCUUCACCCUGGAUGUGGAGGAGAAUGAGAGCGGGGAGAGGACUCCCUACCUGAUUGUCAUGGGGUCUCUGGACAGGGAGACACGGGAGGAGUAUGUCACAGUCAUCGUUGCUGAGGAUGGGGGGACUCCUCCGCUUGUGGGCAGUGCCACCCUCACUAUUGGCAUCAGUGACAUCAAUGACAACUGCCCCCAGUUCAGCGACUCGCAGCUCAAUGUCACUCUUUAUGGGAAUUCCAGUCUAGGGACACACGUGGCCACUGUCCAUGCAGUAGACAUGGACCUUGGAUCCAAUGCCCAGAUCACCUACUCCUACAGCCAGAAGGUUCCCCAGCCAUCCAGAGACUUGUUCCAUCUGGACGAAAGCACAGGAACCAUCACACUCUCCAGUAAAGUUGAUGGGGACGCUCCAAGGCUCCACAGGCUGAUCAUACUGGGCAACGGUCCUGGUUGUAUCCCUGCUGUGAUCACAGUGCUAGUGACAAUCAUCAAAGUCAUGAUGAGGCCACCUGAAGUUGUCCCUCGUUUCAUAGCUAAUGAAGCAGAAGGGGUGGUGUACUUAAAGGAACUGGAGCCUAUCAACACACCGAUAGCAUUUUUCACCAUCAAAGACCCUGAUGAAAAAUACAAAGUCAAUUGCUAUUUGGAUGGUGAUGGGCCUUUCAGACUUUCACCAUACAAGCCAUACAAUAAUGAAUAUCUGUUAGAGACCACAAAGCCUUUGGACUAUGAGACACAGCAGCUGUAUGAAAUCUCUGUAGUUGCGUGGAACUCAGAAGGAUUUCAUGUCAACAGAAUAAUCAAAGUACAGGUUCUGGAUGACAACGACAACUCUCCAGUUUUCUCUCAACAGCUGAUAGAAUUAUCCAUUGAGGAGAACAACGUUCCCAAUGCUUUCUUGACCAAACUGCAUGCUACAGAUGCUGACAGCGGAGAAAGAGGGCAAGUGUCCUAUUUUUUAGGGCCUGAUGCCCCUUCCUAUUUUUCUUUAGAUAAAGCCACAGGAGUUCUUACAGUUUCCACCCAACUGGACAGAGAAGAAAAAGAGAAAUACAGAUAUACUGUCAAAGCAGUAGAUUCUGGGUUCCCUCCAAGAGAAUCAAUAGCAACUGUCACCAUCACUGUAUUGGAUAAAAAUGACAAUAGUCCAAGAUUUAUCAAUAAGGAUUUCAGCUUUUUCGUGCCAGAAAACUUUCCAGGUUUUGGUGAAAUCGGAGUUAUAAGUGUCACAGAUGCUGAUGCAGGGCAAAAUGGAUGGGUUGCCCUUUCCGUUCUGAAUGGAAGCGAUAUUUUUGUCAUAGAUACUGGAAAAGGAGUUUUGAGAGCUAAAGUUUCCCUGGACAGGGAGCAGCAAAGCUCCUAUGUUCUGUGGAUCGAAGCAGUUGAUGGCGGUGAUCCUGCCCUCUCCUCUACUGCAAAAAUAACUAUCCUUCUUCUGGACAUAAAUGACAACCCCCCUUUGGUCUUGUUUCCUCAAUCUAAUAUGUCUUAUUUGUUGGUCCUUCCUUCUACCCUUCCUGGCUCUCCCAUCACUGAGGUCUAUGCUGUUGAUAAGGACACUGGUAUGAAUGCAGUCAUAGCUUACAGCAUCAUAGGAAGAAGAGGCCCUCGACCGGAGUCAUUUAGGAUUGACCCUAAAACUGGUAAUAUCACCUUGGAAGAGUCACUUAUGCAAAAUGACUACGGCCUCUAUCGGCUGCUUGUAAAAGUUAGUGAUCACGGCUAUCCAGAACCUCUCCAUUCCACUGUCAUGGUGAACCUUUUUGUCAAUGACACUGUUAGCAAUGAGAGCUACAUUGAAAGUUUGUUAAGAAAGGAGCCUGAUAUCAGUAUAGAAGAAAAGCAGCCGCAAAUAUCCAUAGAGCCUACACAUAAAAAAAUGGAGUCAGCAUCCUGCAUGCCUACCUUGGUAGCUCUGUCAAUAAUAAGCUUGGGAUCAAUUGCUUUAGUAACAGGGAUGGGGAUUUACAUCUGUCUAAGAAAAGGAAAAAAGCAUCACAGAGCAGAUGAAAACGUGGAAGUACAAAUCCCAUUAAAUGGAAGAAUUAACCUGCACAUGUUGGAGAAGAAACCGAUGGAGAUUUCUAACAUUUGACGUUACUUUGUGGAUAAACUCAACAUCUUAAAAACCUUGGACAGCUCUGAAACACCUAGCCAUGGGUUGUAUUGACGGAGGUUGCAAUGAAGGACCACUAAUUUAUAACUUAAUAAUAUUAUAAUUGUAAAUAGCUGUUUACAGUUUUUUAAAUUGAAAUUCAGUGUACAGCUUUUUUAUGAAACCUUAGUACUAACAGCUAGCACCCUCUCUAUAAAAACAUGGACAUCAUUUGCAGCUUUCAUAAAUCAGUAAGAUCAGUGAUCAUAAAAAAGGGGAAGGUAAGAUGAUUCUUUAAACUCAAGUUUUAAAAGUCUUUUAACCACAAGAGGGCAUCAGAUGCUCCUGAGCAGGGAACUGUUCGAGGUACUGUCCAUGAGAUAAACACAGAGUAUAUUUUAAAUAUAUUGGUUUUAAUAUAAAAUACACGUUGGCAUACAGACGUUUAACCCUAAAAAA